AUGUCUUCCUCCGACUGGUCGCCCGACUCCUGGCGGUCGAAACCCAUCAAGCAGGCGCCGGGCUACCCCGACGAGGCUGCGCUCAACAAGUCAGUCAAGGAGCUUUCACGCCUCCCGCCCAUCGUUCACCCCAAGGAGAUCGUCGCCCUGAAACAGCAUCUCCGCGAUGUGGCCCUCGGCGAAGCCUUCCUGCUGCAGGGCGGUGACUGCGCCGAGCUCUUUGACUACUGCGAGCCCAACGCCAUUGAGUCCAAAAUCAAGCUGCUCUUGCAGAUGAGCCUGGUUCUUGUCUGGGGCGCCGACAAGCGCGUCGUGCGCAUUGGACGUAUGGCCGGUCAGUACGCGAAGCCGAGAUCGAGCCCGACUGAGAUGGUCAACGGGGUGGAGCUUCCGUCGUUCAGAGGAGACAUUCUCAACGGCUUCCAAGUCGGUGAACGCGACAUAGACCCUCAGAGACUCGUCAAGGCUUACCAAUACUCGUCUGCGACUCUUAACUACGUCAGAGCUUGCCUCUCGUCAGGCAUUGCGGAUCUCCAUAGGCCGCUGGACUGGGGCCUAGGUCACGUCCGGGAUCCUGAAUUGAAGAGAAAGUACUCCGAGGCCGUCCUCUCUCUCACUGACAUGCUUCGCUUCCUCCACACGAUCGGAGCCGACAGGAGCGACAAGCUCGAGACUGUCGAUCUGUUCACGAGCCACGAGGGCCUGCUCCUAGAGUACGAGCAGCCGCUGACCCGCCUGCUGGAGACGCCGGCGCCGCGCCCCACUACCAACGGCGCCCGGAGCGGCGCCAACGGCAACGGCAACGGCAGCGCCACCGCCGCCGAGACGAAGAAGGAGUAUUACGACACGUCCGCCCAUUUCCUCUGGAUCGGCGACCGCACGCGCCAGAUCGACGGCGCCCACGUUGAGUUCUUCCGUGGCAUCGCCAACCCUAUCGGCAUCAAGGUCGGCCCCACGACGCCGACAGAUGACCUUCUCGCGCUGCUGCGCACGCUCAACCCGGACUGCGAGCCUGGAAAGAUCACGCUCAUCACGCGCUACGGAGCCUCCAAGGUGCGCUCGUUGCUGCCGGCGCACAUCCGCGCUGUCGAGGACAGCGAGUACCAACGCUGCGUCGUCUGGCAGUGCGAUCCCAUGCAUGGCAACACGUUGUCGACGGGCAGCGGCAUCAAGACGCGCCGCUUCCGCGACAUCUUUGAGGAGCUGCAGGAGACACUGCGCAUACACAAGGAGCAGGGCAGCUACCUCGGCGGCGUGCACCUCGAGCUCACCGGCGACGCCGUCACCGAGUGUCUGGGCGGGAGCGAGGGCCUCGAUGAAGACGACCUGUCGACCAACUACACGAGCUUCUGCGACCCGAGACUAAACGAGAAGCAGGCGCUCGAGUUGGCUUUUCUGAUUGCGGAUCACUACAGGAACGAGAGGCGGCCGGUUUCCCAAUUCAAGCAGUCUGAACGCGUGGACAGGAUCCGUCGCCUCACGGCAUACCAAGGCCCCUUCACGGCCCAGGACCGCCAGAUCCUGGACCGACCUAUCGAGGAGCUCGUCCAGGACGUCCACAAGACGAUACUGAAGCCUAUCGACAUCCUCAGGACGUACGGCAAGGUCGCUCUCAGGGCCCAUGAGCGCACCAACUGCCUCACUGAGGUUAUGAUCGCCGACGCCGAGACGUGGGUCGACGACGGCUCCAUCGACAUGAAGGGCCCGCUUGCAGGCAUCCCCGUGAGCCUCAAGGACACCAUCGUCGUCGGCGGCUAUGACACCACCGUCGGCUUCAGCAGCUUCGUCGGUAACAAGACCCCCACCGACGGGCCUGUCGUGCGCCUUCUCAAGGACGCCGGCGCCGUUCCCUACGUCAAAACGAACCUGCCCAUCACCCUUCUCAGUUUCGAGUCCACCAACGAUGUCUGGGGCCGCUGCACGAACCCGCACAACGCCCGCUACUCCCCCGGUGGCUCCACCGGUGGCGAGAGCGCCCUGCUCGCCAUGGGUGGCCGCAUCGGCAUCGGCAGUGACGUCGCCGGGAGCGUGAGAGCUCCCGCCCACUUCUCCGGCUGCUACAGCCUGCGCUGCUCGACGGGCCGCUGGCCGAAACUGGGCUUCUGCACGAGCAUGCCCGGCCAGGAGGGCGUGCCGUCCGUCUACAGCCCCAUGGCCCGCACCCUCGACGACCUGCGCUACUUCACCCGCGCCGUCGUCGGCAUGCGGCCGUGGGAGUACGACUACAGCGUGCACCCGAUGCCAUGGAAGGCCGACAUCGAGGAGGACUGGCGGGCGAAGCCGCGAUUGCGCGUGGGCGUCAUGCGCACCGACGGCGUCGUCGACCCGAGCCCGGCGUGCCGACGCGCGCUGGAAAUGGUCGAGGACGCGCUGCGCCGCGAGGGCCACGAGAUCGUUGAGGUCGACCCGCCAUCGCCGUACGAGGGCCUUCAGAUCGCGUCACUGGCGCUCAAUGCUGACGGGUGCCGGACGUUCGCCACCUUUUUCCGCGCGGGUGAAUGGAACGACCCGGGCGCCGCGCGGAUGAAGUCCCUGAUGGACCUCGCGGCUCCGCUGCGGUACCUGUACUACCUGUGGGUGAAAUACGUUCGGCGGGAUGACAUCUGGGCUGGGCUCGUGAGGGACUGGCGCCCGCAGAGCGCCUCCGAGAACUGGAAGCUGGUGGCGAGGAGGGAGGCCUACCGGGCACGGUGGUUCAGCUGGUGGGACUCAGCCGGGGUGGAUUUCCUCAUCACGCCCCCGAACGCGACGCCCGCCGUGCCGCACGAUGGGAUGAGGGACGCUGUGAGCAGCUGCGGAUACACAUUCCUCUUCAAUCUGCUCGACUACACCGCCGGCGUCAUCCCCGUGACGCACGUCGACAAGCAGCUGGACCAGCUUCCCGGCGACUUCAACAUCAGGAAGCUGAACGGCGUAGCCCAGGGCGCGUACAAGCUGUACGACGCGUGCGACAUGCACGGCCUGCCUGUCGGCGUCCAGGUCGUCGGCAGGAGGCUGGAGGAGGAGAAGGUGUUGUCCAUCAUGAAGAGGGUCGAGGACGCCCUGGGCGAUGACAAGUACAAACUAUUGGAGGCAUACCAGCACUCGGCCUCGUUCGUGCCCAAGCUGGCCACCAAGGUGGUGCAGUGGCUCGACGUCCAGAAGGACGAUGUCAUCCUCGACAUCGGCUGUGGCGACGGAAUCCUAGACGUGCAAUUCGGAAAGAUCCUUGCGCAAGGGAGCGGCUCGCUGCACGGCAUCGACGCCUCGCCGGCCAUGAUCUCGGCCGCUAAGAAGGCGGUCGAGGCGGCGGGUCUGUCGAACUGCGAGUUCGAGGUUCUCGACGCGACCCGCAUCGCAACGUCCCAGACGCCCACGCUACACGCCCCGACCUUCACAAAGGCCUUCUCCAACGCGGCGCUGCACUGGAUCCUCCGGCCGCCCGGGUCGCACGUGCCCGUCUUCACGGCCAUCCGCGACGCCCUCCAGCCCGGCGGCACCCUCGCGCUCGAGAUGGGCGGGCUCGGCAACGUCGCCGAGAUGAGGACGGCCAUCGUCAUGGCCGUCGCCCGGCGUGUCGGCCUCCCCAAGGCCGUCGAGGCGGACCCCUGGUUCUUCCCGGACGAGGCGUGGCUCACGGACGUGCUGGAGCGCGAGGUCGGCGGGUGGAAGGUCGAGAGGGUCGAGAGGGAGUGGCGGCCGACGACGGCGGACACAGGCGGCGUCGAAGGGUGGGUGCGGCUGAUGGGCAAGGUGCUGCUGGACGCGGUGCCGGAGGAAGGGGGCCAGCGCGAGGAGGCCGUCCGGGAGGUUGUGGAUGUCCUGAGGCACGUUUGCAAGAUUCCCGGGGAUGGGGAGAUGAUCAGCUAUGUGAGGCUGAGAUGCCUGGCGAGGAAGCUGUGA